AUGAAUGCGCCUAACAUCCCCGCGGUUGUGAGGAUAUCUGGCCCUCCCAACAGCAGUUUUCUGGUCGGCUAUCCAGGUAUUUCUGCGACACUGCCUAGGAUAGUUGGAAAGGUUGAGAUUCGCCCUGGCGCGGGAAUCUCGGCGCCGGUAAAUAUUUCAAUGGUGCGCAUCUGUUUACAACGGCGAGAAACCAUUCACCCAUCGGCGGAAAAUGUCGCAAAACGACAUCUUGGGACCCCCCGACGUGAGACGGUCGAAACGGUGGGCAAGGAGGUGUUGCUGUUUCGGUGCAUGACUGGCAAGGAAGCAGAGAGCGUAAUCGCGAUGGAUCUGCCCUUCCAGAUAUUCAUCCCCUUUGGCCGCAGCGGCGAAGAAUCAAACCGGCGCAUUCCCCCGGCGAGUUUGCAAUUACCAAGUCGCAUCGCUGAGACAUACUAUGAACUCGUGGUGACUGUCCAGCAAGGCUCAAGCAUGCAGAAUCGCUACACUUUCCCAGUACAACUACAGCGUUACGACACCCUCUCGACCUUCGGCAUGUACAAUCGGCCAGAGACGAGGGCAGCGACAGCGGACCACAUCGUGACACUGGGCAUCUCCCUUCCCAAAUGGAGUUAUGGUCCGCUCGAUCCGAUUACCGUCUACGUUAAGUUGUCGCCGAAUCCGGAUUACAUGAGCAAGGCCAAGAAAGUGACGAUACAAAAGAUCACUUUGACGAUUGAGGAAGAGAUUACCUUUAAUCCAGAAGGUGAUGAGCCAACCAAAAAGGUCACCAAGAUUGCAAAGCACACGCAGACUGUAGGCACUAAGCUACCAGAGACCGGUUACAUGACAAACCUCGGUCUUGUCCUUCCUGCGCGCAAUCUACGAGAUCCGGAUGGCAUCAUCAAGAGGGGCAAACCGCACUUUCCUCAAUAUGAAGUGACAAGCUUUACGACGACCUCGACGCUGUACAAGAUUGAGUUUUUCCUAAGUGUCAAGGCACACAUGACAUCAGCGCGAGACAUUACAUUGCGCCAGCCGAUCGUAGUUUGCCCUCUCGACCAACAAGCGUGCAAGGAGGAGAUGGAAGCCAUUGAGCAGGCUGCCAAGGACGCGUCCAUGGUCGAUCCAAAUAAUCCUGUCCUCCCUGAGCGCAUGAUCGUUCUUGCCAGCGAGAAGGACGCGAUUCGUCAUCUGGGACUUUGUGAAGUUGGAGGCGUGAAGAAGAUGCUGAUCGAGUGA